AUGAAAACAGCAAUCCUUUUCGGAGCAAGCGGGUUUAUUGGUUCGUAUCUGCUAACAGAACUAUUGAAUAGCACCGAUUAUGAUCAGGUGACCAUUGUUGUCCGGAAAGAGUUGCACAUCAAUCAUCCUAAACUACAAACGAUCAUUGGCGAUUAUGACUCGUUACCCGGCUUGAAAGAACGCAUCGUUGCCAACGAGAUUUUCAUUGCCCUUGGUACAACGAAGAAAAAUACACCACAACAGGAUAAGUAUUACCAGCGGCAACACUGGCCAGAAGAAAUGGUACCACUGCCGUUUUCCUCGUCACUGCCGUUGGCGCCAAUGAACAAUCAACGGUAUUUUAUUUAA